AUGUUCUCUCCCUCCCCCCGCCGCCACUCCGCGCCUCCCCUCCCCGACCCGAAACAGGUGUACAAAGCAGACGACACGAUCGUGCGAGAAUCGGACAUCGAAAACUGCAGGACCUAUGAUGAGUGUGACCUCUCGCCCGAAACUCUCGGCACGCCCUUCGGGGACAAGACGGGCACGGAGACGGGGACGCCCACGGGGGCCAAGGAAGGGUACGACAGGAGCCGUUUCCACGUGCACUUCGGUGCCGGACGGCUGGGGCUGGGGCUGGUGGUGGGAGCGAUCGCGGAGAGCAAGACGCCGUUCGGCAUCGUGCAGCGGCCGAAGGCGUCCUGGGGGGGCAUCAUCUCGAACGGGUGCGGGUCACAGAUAGAGAUCACGGUCAACGGUAAGCCGGUGGUGGAGGACGUGACGGUCAUCAGCGAGGGCUGUGACGUGGAAGAAUAUCUCAAGGUCGGCGUUGCAGCCAUGGUCGUGGUCGGUGACCGCCCCACGCUGACUCAGCUCGUUAAGAAGGCAACCAGCUUCAGCUGCUCGUUGGGUGCGGCGAUGGGAAUCGCGAUGAUCCCUCUCCUGGAGCAGCUUGAGGACAUGCCGCCGGCAGAACGCCCUGUGCUUUACGCCUGCGAGUACGACGUUAACGUCGAGGCCGAGCCCAACUUCGAAGGUGCCCUCGUCCUCCUCCAGCCUCCCGCGGACAAGUCUCUCGUACCCUUCGCCGGGGACCGCGUGCUGAUCCCUUCGACGGAAGAGGAGGCGAGCUACUUCUACAAGCGGAAGUUUAGCAUUGUGAACGGCAUGCACACCGUUCUGGGCUUCAUGACUCUCCGCGAGAAGGCCCCCGGGGCGAAGGAGCUGAGGGAGCACGACCUGCUGGCCUACCACACGGCAUCGCCGGAGAUCCAGGAGGAGCUGUGGGCGUGGAUCGUGGUCCGGUGCCUCGACCUGCUCGACCGCUUCGGGGUAGAGAUGCUCAAGAAUGCGCACAGUGUCGAGACGGAGGAAGAGGUGUUCGAGGUGCUUCUUGACUACGGCCGACAAACUCUCGACCGGUUCUCGAGCGUCGUCGACUCCACCAGCAGAGUGUUGGGCGGGGGGCUUGGAAACCGUUUGGUGACUCGGCUCCAACCGAUGGCCAUCUUCAUGGGCAACAACAAGUUUGCCGGCACCGGGAGGCCCGAGGAACGCUUCUUGAAGCACGCCGGCGUAGACGAGACGUUCGCUAGGCAGGCAAGUACCUUCGUCUAUGCAUGUAUAGUGCGCAUUUCGUUGGAUUCCUCGCGGAAGGCUCAUUAG